UUCUGUUCGCCAGAUGCGGUCGACCUUUUCAUAAUCGUGGUCGACCGCAUCUGGCUUUCAAUCGAUUUUUUCUUUUGUUGUAUAGACUGAGGUCGACCUGUGAUGAUAUUGAGGUAGACCUGUGACAUUUUGCUACGAGUAUUUGGGCCAUUUCGGACUCGUUUCAAUUUAGCCGAGGUCGACCUAUGAUGCUUCUGAGGUCGACCUAUGAAGGCAAAAGUUCGAGUUGUGCCAUUGUCUUUGAAUUAUUUGUGCGAAACUAACUCUGGUCGACCUCUUUUGAUUAUGAGGUCGACCGGAUCUGUUUUACACUCAAUAGCAAAAGCAUUUGGGCCAUUUCAGACUCGUUUCAAAUUAGCCGCGGUCGACCUAUGAUGCUUCUGAGGUCGACCUAUGAAGGCAAAAGUUCGAGUUGUGCCAUUGUCUUUGAAUUAUUUGUGCGAAACUAACUCUGGUCGACCUCUUUUGAUUAUGAGGUCGACCGGAUCUGUUUUACACUCAAUAGCAAAAGCAUUUGGGCCAUUUCAGACUCGUUUCAAAUUAGCCGAGGUCUACCUAUGAUGCUUCUGAGGUCGACCAAUGAAGGCAAAAAUUCGAGUUAUUUGUGCUAAACUUGUUGAGGUCGACCUGUGAUGAUAUUGAGGUCGACCUCGGGCCAUUGAAAUCGAUUGAAAGCCAGAUGUUCAUGGGGAGUGCAGUGCAGGACAUUAGGCCACCUUGUAAUGCACUCGAAGACACAAACGUCUGCUGCCUUCACCGAGUUCUCCUUUGCAACCCUAUGCCGGCCACCGACAAGCAAACAACAACAAUAUAACAAAGAAGACCCUAAAACCUAAACUCUCUUACAUCCAUAAGAACGGGACAUGCGGGGCGGUGCCAUGUAAGAGAGUUUAGGUUUUAGGGUCUUCUUUUUUAUAUUGUUGUUGUUUGCUUGCCGGUGACCGACAUAGGGUUGCAAAGGAGAACUCGGUGAAGGUAGCAGACGUUUGUGUCUUCGAGUGCAUUCCAAGGUGGUCUAAUGUCCUGCACUGCACUCCUGCUGAAAGUCACAUCUGGUUUUCAAUCGAUUUAAAUUUUCCGAGGUCGACCUAUGCUUGUUCUGAGGUCCACCUAUGAAUGCAAUUUUGUACUUGAAUUGUUACGGGUUUAUGUCGACCCAUUCUCGUUUUAAAUUAACUGAGGUCGACCUAUGCUUCUUCUGAGGUCGGCCCACUCUCGUUUUAAAUUAACUGAGGUCGACAUAUGCUUCUUCUGAGGUCGACCCAUUCUCGUUUUAAAUUAACAGAGGUCGACCUAUGCUUCUUCUGAGGUCGACCCAUUCUCGUUUUAAAUUAACUGAGGUCGACCGCUUUAUGGAGUGGUCGACCGAGUUUUGUUCAUUUCAAAAAUGUGACUAACGUGUAUUCUUGCUUGUUUGAUUGCAGGAUGUUUGGCGGCAAAAAGAAAAGAAAGGCACAAAAAGUUGCUGCCUCAAGUUCGGAAUGGGAAGAGUUCAAUCCCAAUCUGUUCCAGACCAAGGAGCAAAGUGAGAACUAUGAAGAGAAGAGAAUGCACAACCGCAGGGUGGUUCCGGGAAGGCCAUUGACGAUGGAUGCGUAUUCUCAUUUCGGGAAUUACGGGUUUCUGGGACCCUUCAUCGAGCAAGAGUGGCUGAAGGUGAUAUCUCUCAAUGUACCAUACUACCCAAAACUGGUACAGUACUUCUACAACAACAUCGUCUACGAGCGCAAUGCAAAUGGAUCCAUUCACGCAUUCAAAUCCUAUGUGAAUGGGGUGGCGAUGCGCAUCAGCAAGAAUGUGUUGGCGCAAGUACUAGAGGCUCCAAAUGAGGGGAAGAGAAUCCAUUCUUACGGUGCUUGGAAUGAAACGCAUUUCACGAGAGCCAAGCAAAUCCAGACGGUAUGUGGUCUUGAUGAAGAGGAAGAUGCUCAGGGUCGCAAUAGGCCAACGAGUAACCACCUGACAGUUCAAGCCAGAGUUCUUCACCACAUGCUUUGCUACAACAUUCUGCCAAAGGGUGGACAUCGGGAGACAGUCACCUACUUCGACAUGGAGCUCCUCACCAACCUACUGUUAAACGAGAAGGUGAACUUGCCAUACUUGAUCUUUAACCACAUGCUUACUGCUGCAGAGAGUUCAAACAGGAAUCUUCCCUAUGGAAUGAUCCUCACUGUGCUAUUUGAGCAUUUUAAUGUGAAUUUAAGUGAAGAGGUGGGGUUAAGAAUCUCAAGGCAGGAGUUCUAUACUGUUUCAUCUCUGAAAAAGAUGGGUUUUGAGCUGCGUAAUGGUGAGUAUGUCAGAAUAAACAAUGCUCAUGGUGGUGAUGAUGAUGGUGAUGAAGGAGCUCGAGACGAGCCAAUGGCGGAGGCACAGAGUUCAACUCCACCGAUCACCUUAGAGCGUGUGUGGGAGCGCAUGGAUGGCAUGUAUGAGUACAUGGGCCAGAUGUCCACCCAGAUGACUGGCAUGUACUACUACAUGGGGCAAAUGACCGCCCAGAUGAGCACAAUGCAGGUGACCGUGAAUGAGAUGCGAGAUGAGUGGCGAUCUUUCAGCGGAAGAUACAUGCAUCCCACCACAUCUGACCACCAUCAUGCUAGCACAACCAAUGAAGAAAAUGUGGAUGAGGGAGAGGGGGGAGAUGAGUAGGAGCGCGGCGAUUUUAGAUUGUGUGUUUUUAUUGUUAAGUGGUCAAAACGAUUGUUGAUUGUUAUUCAGUUGUUUUUUUAGUUUUAUUUUUAUGUGUGAACAAUUAUGAUUUUUGUUUUAUUGUAUUUCUUGUUAGUUUGUUUAGUUGUUAUGCUAUGAAUUGAUGAGUCCUUGUUAUCAUUAUUUAUGACUAUUUAUGAUGGUUUGAAACAUAAUUUAUACGAUCAAAAGAACCACACAAAUCGACAUACAUAAGCAAAAAAAACACGGGGCAUAGGU